UGCUUCAUUUGACGAAAUAGACACAGAGGCCAUACUACAUAGAUCAUUUACACGAUUUAUGCAAAUCUGUACAUAUACAAAAAUGGAUAUCUAAGGGAAUCCUCACAGCAGAGCUGGAGUUAUCUUUACUAUUGCUUUCAAAUAAGAGAUUCUUUAAUUCAACGAAGGAUCAUUGUGUGGUCAGCUACAUGAAUCCAUGGGACAUAGAAUGCAUGAGUGGACAGUGAUCCUGGGACUGACACCUGCAGAAAUCAAUGGGAAUCUCUACAUCAUUGAAGCCAAGAUAACAUUAAUCACUGCUGGUCACGGUGGAUUUAUUGCAGUUAACAAGCACAAGGCUCAUGGUGGGAUGCAUUAGUACUUCAAGAGGUGACAGGUAUCCAUAGUGGUUAAUUUAACCCUCAGAACCAAUAGAGCCUAACCAAAAAGGAGUCAACCAACGGAGAUCUAGCAGAUACCCACCUUAUGGCGCAGGGGCAGGAAGAGAAAUCUUUACUAUCACUGGUUGCUCUAGGAGUCCUGCUGCAGUUGUGCUUGCUGUCUCCAGGAAAAGGAUUAUCACCUAAACAUGCUCCUGAAAUUGUUGAUGACAGCAAGGACAAUAUCACCUUAUUCACCAGGAUCCUGGAUAGGCUUCUUGAUGGAUAUGAUAACAGAUUAAGGCCAGGUCUAGGGGAUGUACUGACCAUCAACUGGGUUAACCCCUGCCCCACGGUUAAUAAAGACCUCACCUCCACAGUUUUGGAUUCUAGCGCCACCUCGGCAGACAGGAGAAAUCGGGUACUACCAGUAAAUGGCAAAAAUUCAGUGACAGAAGUUAAGACAGAAAUAUAUGUCACCAGUUUUGGCCCAGUGUCUGACACAGAUAUGGAAUAUACGAUAGAUGUGUUCUUUAGACAGAGUUGGCUGGAUGAGAGAUUGAAAUUUGAUGGACCAAUAAAAACUCUGCCGCUGAAUAAUCUAUUGGCAAGCAAGAUUUGGACUCCAGACACCUUCUUUCACAAUGGAAAGAAAUCUGUGGCACACAACAUGACCACACCUAACAAGCUACUGAGACUUACGUACAAUGGGACCCUACUUUAUACCAUGAGGCUUACAAUUCACGCUGAAUGCACAAUGCACCUUGAAGAUUUCCCCAUGGAUGUUCAUGCCUGUCCACUAAAAUUUGGAAGCUAUGCUUAUCCCAGUACUGAAGUAGUUUAUGCAUGGACCAAUGGUUCUGAUAAAUCUGUUGCUGUUGCUCCAGAUGGCUCUAGACUCAAUCAAUAUGACCUAUUAGGCUUAGUAGUAGGAACUGAAACAAUCCGUUCAAGCACAGGUGAAUACAUUGUUAUGACAACACACUUCCACUUAAAGCGUAAGAUUGGAUACUUUGUCAUUCAAACAUACCUACCAUGCAUAAUGACAGUUAUCUUGUCCCAAGUGUCAUUCUGGCUGAACAGGGAGUCGGUGCCAGCUAGAACUGUGUUUGGGGUCACAACUGUUUUGACAAUGACAACGUUAAGUAUCAGUGCACGGAACUCUCUGCCCAAGGUUGCCUAUGCCACUGCAAUGGAUUGGUUUAUGGCAGUGUGCUAUGCUUUUGUCUUCUCGGCACUUAUUGAAUUUGCUACAGUCAAUUACUUCACCAAAAGAGGAUGGGCCUGGGAUGGCAAAAGAGCUCAGGAAGGUCAAACCUUUAAGAUUAAAGAACCUAUAAUCUUGGCGAAAAAAUCAAACACAACGUACAACAUUGUGGGAACAACUUAUAUGCUCAAUAUCAAGGAACCAGCCUUGGCAGCAAUUACAAAGAAUGCAACUCUGCCUCUACCCCAUCUCUCAUCUCCACAUCCUGAGCUCAAACAUCUUGAUGGGAAAAAAACUUAUAACAGUGUCAGUCGCAUUGAUAAAAUUUCUCGCAUUGUCUUCCCUGUCCUUUUUGCCAUCUUUAAUCUGGUGUACUGGGCUACAUAUGUUAACCGAGAAUCAGCAAUCAAGGGAAUGAUUCCAAAAUAAUGAUGUAAUUCAUUUAAGUACUACCUUACCUGUUUUCUACCAAGUAUUAUCUGUUGUUGACUGGCUUUUGUAUGGGUUUCAGAUGUCUAAUUUCUCUCAUUCUUUCUAUUUGCUCACUGUGAUUUUUACCUUAGAGGGGUAAUUUGCUUGUUUUUAAGGAUAAACUACUGUAGCCCUGAAUGUUUGUCAUUAUAGUUGAUGUAAUUUUGUUCAGCCCAUGGUUUAGUAUACAGUAUGUCUACACAACCUGCUAUAUCCUGCUACACAACCUGCCUUUUUUCAAAUGGCCCUAGUCUUGAACUGAAGUGGUUUGUCCAAACCACAACCAAUACAUUUCACACUGAGAGCUUCAAGAGCUUCCUGGCGCGACCCAAGCCAAUCUCAGACUGCACCAUAAAGGAAUAGGCCUAUUUUGACUCAAAACUCAGAUCUGACAUUCCACAUAAGUGUGACUGAUUUUAUUAUAAUGGGGUCCAUUUGCUGUCUAAGUUUAGUCCAUGCAGACUCAGACAGCACAGUGAUGGGCAAAUUGCCCGUUUUAAUGGAGUUAUACUAAUACAGCAGUAUUGUCUACACCAUAUGCUAUUUAUAAUAUCACGUUAUCCAUUCUUGGCUAAAAGUAUAAUCAGAUUUUUUUUUGUAGCUCCCCUUUUCAACAGUAAUAUCUAUGAUACUGUAUUUCCUGGAUAAACUGUGAUCUUUUAUUUCUACUUGAAUGAAUUUUAAUAUGCUUGAAAGUGGUUACAUAGUUGAUUUCUACAUGUUUUCAUAAGCAUUAAUGUUGUUUACUUUUAAGAAUUCAUCUAAACCCUUUAUAAAACUGUCCACCGUUUCUGC